AUGGCUGCUUCAACGAAAUCUCUUUGGAUCUCUAUUUUUCUUUUUCUUUUCCUAUCUUCUUCUUUCAAUGCUCAUCUACUAAAAGUCUGUAUGUUCGACGCUAUCUAUCAACUCGGUGAUUCUAUUUCAGACACUGGAAAUCUCAUUCGAGAAAAUCUCAACACUCCUUUUUCUCACCUUCCUUACGGCGAAUCGUUCUUUAACAAUCCCACUGGUCGAUGCUCCAACGGUCUACUUAUGAUCGAUUACUUUGCUUUAGAUGCAGGGCUUCCUUUGGUGAGUCCUUAUUUGAACAAAGAUGCUUUGACAAAUCAUGGAGUCAACUUUGCAGUUGCUGGUUCUACGGCUUUGUCUUCUGAACUUCUUUUCCAAAAGAAAAUAUCUUCUCCAGUUACUAACUCUUCUCUCAGCCAUCAACUUGAUUGGAUGUUCUCUCAUUUCAAUUCCAUUUGUUACAAUCAAAGAGAUUGCAACGAGAAAUUGUACAAUGCUUUAUUCUUGGUGGGUGAGAUUGGCGGCAAUGACUAUAACUAUGCACUCUUCCAAGGCAAAACUAUUCAAGAGGUAAAAGAUAUGGUGCCCGAUGUUGUCCAAUCCAUAAAGUCUGCUGUUGAGAGAGUAAUAAGCUAUGGUGCUACUCGAGUUGUUGUUCCUGGAAACUUUCCAAUUGGAUGUUUCCCCAUCUAUCUCACUGCGUUCCAAACCAAUGAUACAAGUGCGUAUGAUGAACUCCACUGUUUAAAGGAUUUGAAUGGUUUUGCCAGCUAUCACAAUGAUCAAGUCAAAGAAGCGAUUGAAGUAUUGAAGAAAGAGAAUCAUACCGUUAUCGUUUAUGGUGAUUACUAUAAUGCAUUCCUUUGGAUUCUUCGUCAUGCUUUUGUACUAGGAUUUGAUGAAGGUUCUUUGCAAAAAUCAUGUUGUGGGGUUGGAGGAAAUUACAACUUUAACCUUAUGAAAAUGUGUGGGCUUCCUGGAGUUGAAGUUUGUCAAAAUCCUAAUGAGCAUAUUAGUUGGGAUGGAGUCCACUUGACACAAAAGGCUUAUAAGUUCAUGGCACAUUGGCUCAUCCAUGCUAUUUUUCCUGAAUUGCAUUGCUUAUUUAAUUU